AGAUGAGACGAUUGAGAAUAUUGUUAAGAACACAGUUCAUCUGAACGGUCUUUAAGAUUUCGUAAAUUUUACACAGGAGCUCGAGACAGGGGAACAGACCGACAUAGCGCGCACUGCCACAGAACUUUGGCCUAACUCUGGGCUUUCAGUAGGCCGUGGAGUUGUGACUUCGAUUGCGUUACGUUAAUUUAUUUAAAUCUCAAGUGGACUGAAUUGAAUCUAUUUGACUAAGUCUCUCUGUGUCUAUGUUAUUACAAGUCUGAGAAUGGCUAACUCUGCUGCCGCUAAACUUCCUUGCUCAACGUUCGGAUGUUCCUACUCGCCUCAGUUGGUACUACAUGGUAAUACGAACACUUGUUGUGAARCAAGUCACCAAAUCCAGGAUGGCUUGCCUGGACAUUCAGUGUGUCCUUGCCAAUUAGAUCGAGUUUUACAGCACAGAGUAGCUUCAAUGCCAGUCAAUGUCCUUCCAAGACCACCAUUUGGGGAUACAGCAUAUUCUAUCGGUAGCGGCUCUGGGCUAUCUGCCUUUUACUCGCCACUGGCAAGAGCGUGUGAGAUUAAAGAUGUUCCACAGCCAUGGAGGGAUUCGUGGUUCUUAUCKCAUGCAACUCGCGGGCCGUUCGAUAUACACGGCUUCGAUCCGCACUCGCACGGGGCUUGUACAAGAUUCGCGGAAAGAUUUUCACCAAUCGACCUAGCUGCGGCUGGAGCCCGGCGGAAAAACGCUACUCGAGAAACUACAAGCACUCUCAAAGCCUGGCUUUAUGAGCAUCGAAAGAACCCUUACCCCACUAAAGGAGAAAAAAUUAUGCUCGCCAUAUUAACAAAGAUGACUUUAACUCAAGUUUCGACGUGGUUCGCCAAUGCUAGGCGACGAUUGAAAAAGGAAAAUAAAAUGACUUGGUCGCCGAGAAAUCGAUGCGGCGAGAGAAAGGACGGCGGGGAUACGAGUGAUAUUGAAGACGUUGAUUUGGACAUGAACAGUGAUGACGAGAAGACAGAUUUCCAACAACAAGAAAGAAAAGAUAUUGAAGUUGACAGUCCAGAAAUCAAGAAAGAAAAUACUGAUUUGAAAGAGGAGACUGUUGAGAGGGACACCACAACAGCGCAGGACAGUCCUGAAUGCCCUUCGGAACGAAAAGAAAAUUUUCCUAGGGAGACAACAGGCGAACAUUCGCCAGCAAACCCGACGAGUCCUCCAGCAAUUUCAAGAAAAGAUUUACAAGUUUCACCAUCUACAGUAGAGUAUUCUCCGGUUAAGAGUCUAAGAAAGUGGGUGGAUGGGUGUUUCGUCCAUAACUCUGUUGUUACUUCUUGUCCAAGCUCUGUCCAGUCACAAAGUCCUGUAAAUACUCCCCCAACCAAUUCACCGGAAAGAAUUUCAACGGAAACUCCAGUAAUUUCGUCAGCUCCAAGUUCAAGAAUCCAUGCGAAACAAAGACGAGAAAGUAGCGAGACAGAAGACCGAAGUUCUGUAAACUCCAGUCCAACARCUGAAGAGAAUGAGCGCUCRGUYGCGCGRUCCAAACACGACGAAAAAGCGAGAUUUACAGUUAUUUAUCAACCCUCAGAGAAAAGACCUAAAGAACAGGCAAAUUACAGGGAAUUUGAUGCAGCUUUAGCAUUGACGACGCUUUCUUCUCGUUGAAAAAUGACGACGAACUUUUAGAAUGGGAUUACUGUGAGACCAUAGCUGUGUCCUGGAAAAAUGAAACAAAGAAAAAAAAAAUCAAAACGGGUUAAAAAGAAAUGAGUGAAAAUUUCUAUGUUUGUGGAAGCUGGUCAAACUAGCAUCCAUUAAAAGUGUUAAUAAGCACAAAAAAUGUUCUUUCAUUCGUGUUUUUUUAGUGUGUUAAAAAGGGUAUGAAAUACCACAUUCUUGACUUAUUUUAGUAUUGAUUGACGUGUUUUAAAAACUAAAAAACCGUUUACGACGAUGCUAGCAUGGACUCAAAGUCCUAAGGCUAGCAGCAUGUUUAUUUGUUCAAUAUGAACAAUAAUAAUGAAAUCGACUGAAAAGAGUAUUUGUCAGUUUAGAGACAUGGUGUUGAAAUUCCCACAGAAUACACCAGAGCUUUUAAUUUUGAGAGUUGCUGUUUGUAGAUAGUUAAGUCUUUUUGAAAUAAAAAUCGCUUUAAUAAAAAAAUCUUGUUUGGUUA